CCUCCAGCGUCCAGCCUAAACACAACAAGGAGACACAUUCUCAACACUAAACUUAAAAUAUUCGUUAAUGUGCUUCCCUAGCGUUCGUUAACGGUGAAUUACAGUGAAAGUUCGAGUGUUGAGAGUGCGAGAGUGAGAGUUGAAGGCAGCAGCAACACUUAAUAACUGAGUGGAAGCUGAGAGUCAAUAUUGAGAGCUGCAUCAAGACUGCUAACCAUCUUCCCGGCUCAGAAAUUAUCUUUACUCCUUGUAGGCCUAGGCAUUUACCUGCUGGGCAAGUCCUGAGGCCUACCUGGCGGCCUGGCUGUCCUCUCAGCUUUAAUUAUCGGCUUAUCUUGCUGGGUACAGUACCAGCUGCUUAUGUUGCAUCUUAAUGUUGAUUAGUGACCAGUGAUUUAUGGUAUAUGAUAGACAUCCAAAAACAAGAAUGCACCUCAUGCCUCAAAGAGACUACACUUAAUGCCUCUGGUCUCUGCUGUGUAGUAUAUGGAUGGUCAUCAUACUAGAUUCAAGAUGUGUUCACUCACCGAGAAACAACACUACACUGGAUGAGAAUGUGUGUGGGAGGCAGCUUUGUCUGCGCGCUGGGCACUGAACAGGUUCCGUAUGAUCGACGAAAACAGCUUGUCUGCUCACCAUAACUGAUGCCCUCCGCUAUUACCGCUACAAUAAAACUCAUGCGAGUGACAGAAGAACUGCAUGUGUGUAUUGUCAGCAUUGUCCCAAAACUUGCCUGAACAUCGCAGCUGCUACAUGCACUCUCUUGAAGGCCUCUUUGAAAGCAGUUUACUUGACUAAUUAAAAUUUUGAUGUGGAACAUUAUUAACUGUUGCAGUGAAUGCUUAUCAGAAGCACUAUACUGCAGAUACAGUGAUAUUUAGUAAACUGAUGUUCACCUUGUCAAAAGAAAUAUACACCUUAAGUAAAAUAAUGUAAAAAAGUUAUGUUAAAUACUGUUCUAGCAUUGCUGUUUAUAAGUACUGUGAGUUAAAUGUUUAACUCAAUAUUGAAUGUUUUUUGUAUCAUGAACUUAUUGUCUUAAAAUAUGCAGCAUUAUAAGAGAUCCUUUUUUACUGAUUGAUUUAGUUAAUUAGUUUUCAUUGUAUUAUUUCCUGCAUCAAAAAAUAUUUUCUUCACAUUGUUUAUUUCUUGUAUCAUCAUCUUACUGCAGUCUGAUAAAUUGCUUAUCAUUCAUCAUAUAGCUAGUGUCUGUAAAUUAUUGCUGCAUUUUUACUAUCAAUAUCCUGCAUUGGUGUGGCAGCCACUUAUUACUCUAGUUUUGAACGAGUUUUAAAGUUCACAUAAUCAUAAAACGAUAUACAUGUUUGACAGCAAAACAUUGCUCUAGAGGAGAAGAGCGACAUAAGUGUUCAGCAGUAUAAAAGACUUUACCAAAAAAAGGGACCUUUGUAGGUUUAGUGCUUCUUUUUUAUUAUAAUAAUACUAAAAAGGACUGUUUUAAUAAUGCAUAUAAGAGUUAUUGCUGGAAAGAAAUCAUUCCAGUGUUAAGAGCAUAUAUAAGACUUCCUGAUAAAACAUUCAAUCAGACUUUUUUGGAGUUAGUGCAGAAAAAGAAUUUAAGAUAUGAGAGCCCGUAAAAAAGAAAGAGCCUUUCACUGUUCAGUAUGUCUGAAAGACUUCUCUCAAAAAUCUCAUUUAGAAAAACAUUCAAGAGUUCAUACAGGAGAGAAACCAUAUCGUUGUCCAGUGUGUUUAAAAGAUUUUUCUCAGAAAUCUUACUUAGUUAAACAUUCAAGAGUUCAUACGGGAGAGAAACCAUAUCGUUGUCCAGAGUGUUUAAAAGCUUUUUCUCAAAAAUCUCAUCUAGUAAAACAUUCCCGAGUUCAUUCAGAUGAGAAACCUUUUCAGUGCUCAGUGUGUCUCAAACUGUUUUCUCACAAAUCUUAUCUUAAAAUUCAUAAUAGAAUUCAUACAGGAGAAAAACCCUAUCAGUGUACAAUAUGUCCAAAAGAUUUUUCUCAGAAGACACACCUAACGAAACAUUCCAGAGUACAUACACAAGAAAAGCCAUAUCAUUGUACAGUGUGUCUAAAAGACUUUUCUCACAAGUCUUAUCUAGUAAAACAUUCCAGAAUUCAUACUGGAGAGAAACCAUAUCAGUGUCCAGUGUGCCAGAAACAUUUUUCCCAAAAAUCUCAUCUAGUAAAGCACUCGAAAAUUCAUAAAGAAGAAGAGAAGUCAUAUCGAUGUUCCGUGUGCCUCGAAGAUUUUUCAGACAAUUCAGCUCUGUAUAUGCAUACUAAAGUUCAUGCAGAAGAGACUGAAAUGGGAGACUGGAAAAGCAGUUGAGUGAUUAUGUAGGUAAGCAGUCAUCUCGGUGAUUAGUGUUGAAACUAAAAAAUAUCCACUUAAUAUACAAGCCAUUUCUUAGUUCAUACUGAAGAGAAACCAUGUUAGUGUAGCAUUUAAAAAUUAAUGAAUAAUGUUCUCAUAAAUUAUUUUACUAUUUAUAUGAUAAUGAAACCUAUGUGUUCAGAGGACUGUACAUGUAUAUAUAGAUCAUAUCCUAAUAACAGGGAAUAAUCAUUCAGUAGAGAAACAAUGCAGUGUUCUGUGAAAGAUAUUUUACAUGAAACUUAGCUAGUAACAACUGGGUGUUAAUUUUUGAAAGAAACUGUGUCAAUGUUUUUAUGGGCAGUUCUUCAUCAAAUGAUGAGGGGAAAAAUUAGAGUGUACCCAUUCUUGGGUCUGGACUUGCGCAUCUCCUUCAUUUGACUGGUUAUUAGUUAUACUGUUAGAGUUUGUAUGUAGGCUUGUGGAAAUGUUAAUAUUUUCCAGAAGCUGCUAGCUUAAUGGAAUCAUUAACUUUUCAUGGUCUACCCAGUAACAGUGGAGCUGCAAUUAUUGGAUAAAAUUAUAACUGUUCAUUUAGAUAUUAACUACACUAGUGUGAGCAAAGUUGAUACCAGUUGCCACAUGUUCCAUAUGAAACAUAAACCUAUCUUUAAAAUUAAGUUAUUUGACUAAAAAUGCAAGAAGCAGUUUAUAACACUGUUUAUCUCGAGUAGCAAGACCAUGAGAAAAAGUAAACAAAAACUGAAACAAUUAACAUGACUACAUCAUUAUACAAGCAAGCCAACAUUUUGUAAGCCUGGAACCAAGGCAUUGGAAAUUCCCAAUGAGUCUGACACAAAAAACCACCUGAACCAUUUAAGUGGAAAAUUACACAAAUAUAAAAAAUAAGUAUUUUGGCAGAACCAUCACAUGAAAUGCAUUAGGUGGACAGACAAGUAAAUGCAGAGCCAGACUAACAUCAUGCAAACAUUGCCAUGUACUUCGUAUAUUUUGCUCUAUUAAAAUUGUGGUUUCCAGUACUGGCCUAGUAUUGACAGAUUAGAUUAAAAUUAUCUCUACAGCACUAAAUUGUGAUGUUAAUAAUAUAACUAUUGUGCAUGAUAUGGAAAACUAGACAAAUUUAAUAGAGCAUGUAUUUACACCCCAAAAAAAUUAAAUCUGAAAGGCAUAUCUUUCAGAGCCUGUUAAAUAUAACUCAAAAAUUUGUCCUGCAUUUCCUACUUUAGGAACUAUGCAAGUCAAGCUAUAUUCACACCUAUGUUAUUAGAAACAAUAUGAUCUAUUAAUAAAUUAAAGACAUGUGCAACACUUGGGUAUCUUGAGGAAACUUUUGCCAUACAGAGGAGAAUAACAGAGGGGUUCGAGGUAAUCAGUCCCUCGGCCUUGAGUCGAUGUAAUCAGUCCAAGAUUGAGGGAUUGAUUACCUCAAACUCCUUCUGUUCUUCACCAUUCUCUGUAUGGACUGAUUAAGCCAGUGUGUGGCAAAACAUUUUCUCAUCAAGAUACCCAAGUGUUGUACAUGUGUUUAAUUUAUCAACUUGUCGGUUAUCUGAAUCAUUUAUCUACAUAAUAUGACGUAGGGUCAUUUAAUGAAAACACCUUGUAAAGGGCAGUAAGUGUUGAGGUUGUAUAAUUUCCUCAGAGUCAUCUUGGACAUAGUACAAAUCCAAUGACUCCCAAAUGAGUCACAAAUAUUGACAGAAAUAUUUGGCAUAAAUGCUAAUACUUUUACAUUAUAUAUUUUUAUGAGCACACAAUUACAAAAAGUCAUAUUAAAGAUUACUGUGACAAGGAAAGGAAAAUUCAAAUAGUUUAUCAGAGUAUAGCUUUUUCUGAUGCAACUUUAACUAAAUGGUCACAUGGUAGGUUGGUCUAUAUAUUAAUGACUUUAUCUGACCUUAACAUCACUGACAUUGUUUGUUGUUUGAGGGAAUAAAGAGGUGAUAGUGAGGGUGUUCCUUAGCCUAAAAGUGAAUAACCUCCUACACAAACAAUCAGUGAUAAGGGUGAAAGUAAAGCUGCUGACAGUCACUGCAUGUAUUGAUAUAACAGACACAAUGGUCCACUCAGUAUCAUGUUGUAGAAAUGUUCAGACUUUUCUGGCAAAUCAGCUAGUGUGACAUUGCUUUCUGCUCAGCAUUUCUACUCUCAUAAGUGUGGGUGUGACACUUCCUGGUGACCUUGGUAACUACAGAGACGAGUGGAAUCUAACACUUUCCAUUAAAGAAGAAUUUUGUGUAAUCAAUCAAGUUGGCUCUGGUACUCUUGUAUGUUAUAUAUUAGGAAGGUAAGCAAGUUUCUAGAAAUUGCUGCGAACUGCUGAGUUUCAUUGACAUACUUGCCAGUAAUCUAAUAGUACGUUUAGUAGACAUAAACAAACCCUUGUGAUGAUCUUGGGAGUAUUCCCUGGAGUUAGGACUAGUGAUAAUUCUAGUAAAACAGACAUUUCUUCUCUAGUUUUUUGUUUCAUCAUAAUGUAUAUUACUGUGUGAGAGAGAUUAUCAAAUACUAGGAGUGACUAAAGUUUGAUGUUGAAGCUAUAUAAGAGUUACAAAGAUAGACUGAUACUUGAGACAGUUAAGUUUGUCCUCUUAGUAACUGUAUUGUUGAUAGGAUACAAAUAUGUAAUAUGAAACUACUGAUCCGCUGACUUUGUUUUUAUAAAUGUCUGGUGAAAGCCUAUGGUCCUAUUUAUGUUUUAGUCUUUUCCAUUUUUUUACAUGAACUUUAUAGAGUAAAUGUGAGACUGCACAAGGGUAACCAACUGAAAUACAACUUAUCUUAAGUUUAUUCAUUGGUGAUUAAAUGAAGUCCCAUAUACUAACAGGGAUGCUCUUUGAAACAUAACAUUGGUAAGGCAUUGGUUUGGUGUAAAGCUCUCUUGUAUAGCUAUGAAAAUGAGUACAGUAAACUAAGGUUCACAAGGGUCAUGCUGCAUCAAAACUCGACCAACAACAAAAAAAUGCAAAUAGCAAGAUGUGUGAUGUCUGGGGUGGUUAGUGGUUCAGGAUUACAGAAGAUUCCUCUGUGUUAGAAAAUUUUUGAGGCAACAUAUAUAUGUUUAGUUGGAGGAAUAGCCAAAAACUUCUUCAUUGAAUUUUAAGGUUAACCACAGCAAAGUAAGGAAGUGACCAAGAGAGGAGACAGGUGACUGGGCAAGAACAGAACCUAGAGGACAGGCGAGUGAGAUUGGAGGUAGUGAUAGAAGUUGUCUAGAUGGUGGCAGUAGUGAUGGAAGUUGUGUAGAUGAUGAGGGCAGAAAUAGUAAGCUAGAGUUUGUCUUCCAUUUUUAAUAUUAAACAAUAUUGAAUACAUCAGCAGUGUACAGCCAUCCUACUUUAAUAGACAAGUUCAUGGUGGGAGCAAAAUCUUCCUCGAGUUUCUGUUAUUUGGUAAUAGCCAUCUCUCAGGAUAGCCUGUGCUACACACAAGAGAUAAGGCAUUUAUGAAGAUACAG